GAAAAUAAAACAAAUUAAAAGUGGCAAUGGUGUUGUGAACUACAGUGAUUUCUGUAAAUAGUGUUCUUAAGGUGCUACGAAUUUUGGAUGUCGGAAAAAGCAAUCCAUUUCCGUUGCAAACUGCAUGUGAAAAAUCUAUAGAAUGCGCAGAAAAUGUUUAUCAGUCAAGCACACACACUCAUAAGUAGAGAGAGUGAAAGCGAGAGAGCACAGCUGUCGCCGGUGCAUGUGUGAAUGCUGCAUGUGUGUGCGUGAACUUGAGUGCGAGGCGGAAAAUAUUGGAAAAAUUCCUACGCUUUUCGAUGUCUUAGCCUAGUGCUAUCGCCCAAAAAAAAACCAUAACCAAAAACUAAAGGAUUAAAAAACAUCAUUCGAAAAACUAAAAAAGCCAGAAGAGAGAUUCCAGCAAGAUGGCCAUGUCCAAGGUGAUCCGAGUGCUGGAGAAGUCCAUUGCCCCUUCGCCGCACAGCGUUCUUUUGGAGCACCGGCACAAGAGCGACAGCAUCCUAUUUGAGUCCCAUGCUGUGGCCCUGCUCACCCAACAGGAAACGGAUGUUAUCCGGAAGCAGUACACCAAGGUGUGCGACGCCUACGGUUGCCUGGGUGCCCUUCAGCUGAAUGCCGGCGAGAGCACCGUACUGUUUCUGGUGCUGGUCACCGGCUGUGUGUCUAUGGGCAAAAUCGGCGACAUCGAGAUCUUCCGGAUCACGCAGACUACCUUUGUCUCCCUGCAGAAUGCAGCGCCUAAUGAGGAUAAGAUCAGCGAGGUGCGCAAGCUGCUCAACUCGGGAACCUUCUACUUUUCCCAUACCAAUGCUAGUGCCUCGGCAUCCGGAGCCUCGUCACAUCGGUUCGAUAUCACACUCUGCGCCCAGCGACGCCAGCAAACAGAGGAGACGGACAACAGGUUCUUCUGGAACCGCAUGAUGCACAUCCACCUGAUGCGUUUCGGCAUUGAUUGCCAGUCCUGGCUGUUGCAGGCCAUGUGCGGCUCGGUGGAGGUGCGUACUGUCUACAUUGGUGCGAAGCAGGCCCGUGCUGCCAUCAUCUCCCGGUUGAGCUGUGAGAGGGCAGGCACACGGUUCAAUGUGCGCGGCACCAACGACGAGGGAUAUGUCGCCAACUUCGUGGAGACGGAGCAGGUGAUCUACGUAGAUGGCGAGGUGACAAGUUAUGUCCAAACUCGCGGAUCAGUGCCGCUCUUCUGGGAACAACCUGGCGUCCAGGUUGGCUCGCACAAGGUGAAGCUAUCGCGGGGAUUUGAGACAUCGGCAGCUGCCUUUGAUCGCCACAUGAGCAUGAUGCGUCAAAGGUACGGCUACCAAACGGUGGUUAAUUUGUUGGGCAGUUCUAUGGUCGGCAGCAAGGAAGGCGAGGCUAUGCUAAGCAACGAAUUCCAACGCCAUCACGGUAUGUCGGCCCACAAAGAUGUGCCGCAUGUUGUGUUUGACUACCAUCAGGAAUGUCGCGGUGGCAAUUUCUCGGCGCUGGCCAAGCUCAAGGAGAGGAUCGUGGCCUGUGGGGCCAACUACGGCGUCUUCCAUGCUUCCAAUGGUCAGGUGUUGCGGGAGCAGUUUGGAGUAGUGCGCACGAAUUGCCUGGAUUGUCUAGACAGGACGAAUUGUGUUCAGACCUAUCUCGGCUUGGACACACUCGGUCUCCAGCUGGAGGCUCUGAAGAUGGGCGGAAAGCAGCAGAAUAUCUCGCGGUUCGAGGAGAUUUUCCGCCAGAUGUGGAUCAACAAUGGAAAUGAGGUUAGCAAGAUCUACGCCGGCACCGGGGCGAUCCAAGGUGGAUCCAAGUUGAUGGACGGAGCACGGUCUGCAGCAAGGACAAUUCAGAACAAUCUACUAGACAAUUCCAAGCAGGAAGCCAUUGAUGUGCUGCUUGUGGGUUCCACUUUGAGCUCCGAACUGGCGGAUCGGGCUCGCAUUCUGCUGCCCUCCAACAUGUUGCAUGCCCCCACAACCGUCUUGAGGGAGCUGUGCAAGCGCUACACAGAGUAUGUUCGUCCUCGUAUGGCCAGAGUUGCUGUGGGCACUUACAAUGUCAACGGCGGCAAACACUUCCGCAGUAUUGUGUUCAAGGACUCGUUGGCUGACUGGCUGCUCGAUUGCCACGCUCUGGCACGCUCCAAAGCUCUUGUCGAUGUUAACAAUCCGUCGGAGAACGUCGAUCAUCCAGUAGAUAUUUACGCCAUCGGCUUCGAAGAGAUAGUGGAUCUAAAUGCAUCCAAUAUAAUGGCGGCCAGCACAGAUAAUGCCAAGUUGUGGGCGGAAGAACUGCAGAAGACGAUCUCGCGGGACAAUGACUACGUACUGCUGACUUACCAGCAACUUGUGGGCGUUUGCCUGUACAUAUACAUCAGACCGGAGCAUGCACCGCACAUCCGGGAUGUUGCUAUCGACUGCGUGAAGACGGGAUUGGGUGGUGCCACUGGAAACAAGGGUGCCUGUGCUAUUCGAUUUGUGCUCCAUGGCACUUCCAUGUGCUUCGUGUGUGCCCACUUUGCCGCUGGUCAGUCCCAGGUGGCGGAAAGGAAUGCUGACUAUGCGGAGAUCACUCGAAAGGUAGCUUUUCCAAUGGGCCGGACCCUGAAAUCUCACGAUUGGGUAUUUUGGUGCGGAGACUUCAACUACCGCAUCGACAUGGAAAAAGACGAGUUAAAGGAGUGCGUCCGUAAUGGAGAUCUUCCAACCGUCCUUGAGUUUGACCAGUUGCGCAAGGAACAGGAGGCUGGCAAUGUUUUUGGCGAGUUCCUCGAAGGAGAGAUCGGCUUCGAUCCUACGUACAAGUAUGAUUUGUUCAGUGAUGACUAUGAUACAUCCGAGAAACAGCGUGCGCCCGCCUGGACAGAUCGCGUGCUCUGGCGGCGGAGGAAGGCACUAGCCGAGGGUGAUUUCGCCGCUUCAGCAUGGAAUCCCGGAAAGUUAAUUCACUACGGGCGAUCAGAGCUAAAGCAGAGCGAUCAUCGACCCGUUAUAGCCAUCAUCGAUGCUGAGAUCAUGGAGAUUGAUCAGCUGCGUAGACGCUCUGUCUUCGAGCAGGUUAUUAGGGAUUUGGGUCCACCAGACGCCACUAUUGUGGUGCAUGUGCUGGAGUCUUCGGCGACGGAUGAGGAUGGGCCCACCAUCUACGACGAGAACGUUAUGUCAGCCUUAAUUGCUGAGCUGUCCAAGAUGGGAGAGGUGACUCUGGUGCGUUAUGUAGAAGACACUAUGUGGGUCACUUUUCGCGAUGGAGAAUCUGCUUUGAAUGCGGCAUCUAAGAAAAGCAUUCAAGUCUGUGGAUUGGAUCUUAUUCUGGAGCUUAAAUCAAGUGACUGGCAGCAUCUGGUCGACAGCGAGAUCGAACUUUGCACCACCAAUACCAUACCGCUUUGUGUUAACCCUGCGGAACAUGCUCAGCUUCUGCAGGCUAUCACGCCGGAAGUGCCGCAACGGCCGAAGCAACCACCUUCACGUCCCCCAGCCCGCCCCCCAAUGCCUAUGUCGCCAAAGAAUUCGCCACGCCACCUACCCCACGUCGGGGUCAUCAGCAUUGUCCCAAAAUCAGCGAAGCCACCGAUGCCGCCUCCACCACGAACUCAACCUCUUAUUCCCUCACCGCUUCAGCCGCAACCGGCACCACCAGCAAUGGACACCACGCCAUCAUCAAAAUCUCAAUCGCCCACGGAACACGUUUCUGCUAGUUCGUCGACCUCAUCCUCUGGGAAGGCCUCUCCCACGGCUCCGGCCGUGCUCUCUGGUCCGCCGACCCCGCCACGCCAAAUGCAGAGCAAACAGGCCACACCAGUAUCGACGCCCACGCGACAAUUACCGUCACCGAAGGAUCAAAUUCCACCCGAUACCGCCUACGAAACCGCCAGCAACAUUUACGAGGAGAUUCAGGAGGAUGUGCCUGCACCACGCCAUCCACCGCCGGCUGGACCGCCGCCAGUGAUAGGAGCACCGAUGGGACCGCCACCACCGCUGCCGAAUCGAAGGGGUCCACCACCCAUUCCAAAUAGGAGCGGCAACGCCCCUCCGCUGCCCACUCGACCCGCCAACAACUGAGCAUCAGGCUACGCACACGGGCUCGCUGUCCUGCACUCUGAUUGCAUUCCGAAUCGCUGUAUUUAAUGUUAUAUAUAUUCUCAAAAAUAUUGGGCCACCCAUGGAGAAGGAGAACUCCUCCUGGCAAUAUCUGCACUUCGCAUGGAAUCUAUGUUACUAGUGUAUUACCUGUUUGUUUGUCUCGAUAGGUUCUAGCCGAAAUCAAACUAAAUUUAACUAAUUAGUUCUACAUAGCUAAAGCCCAAAACGAGACCCCGUUCUGUUAAACUUUUUGUACUUGUUUACCGCUGGCCAAACGUACUCAACCCAUUUUCUCCGGAUUUGCCGAGGACGAACAAAUAAUAAUGAAUUAUAUAAGCGACAAAGUAUUACAAUUACUCUGCAUAAAUGUAAUGUUUAAAUGAAUUAUAGCCGUACUAGUCAAAUUAUGAAAUAAUAGUGUAAACACUGGAGCAGCAAUUCGAACUCUGUAACAGAUUCCAAUAUGAAAGAUAUACAUACAUACACACACAUAUAUAGUAUAUAUUCAUUGUUAUUGAAACCACUAUUGAAAAAAACUACCCAUUAUUCCGUAUUAUUGUUAAACUAUCGUUGUAAUCGGUCAAUUUGAGGCUACAUUCGAAUUUGUGUUUCAGUUGACUUAACAAAAGUAUAUCAAUGAAAUUGAGAAAUUGCAGUUGCUCUGUUCAAACGUUGAAGUUACACCUAAGAUUAAAUUAACCUCCCCCAAUCGAAUGAAAACCCAAUUAGCAUACAACACAAUAAACAAGUUGGACCGCUGUAGCCGCUACACCAACUGCAUACUCG